AUGGUUAACGUUCCAAAGACACGAAAGACCUACUGCAAGGGCAAGGCCUGCAAGAAACACACACAGCACAAAGUCACACAGUACAAGGCCGGAAAGGCCUCCCUCUUCGCUCAAGGAAAGCGCCGAUACGACCGCAAACAGUCCGGUUACGGUGGUCAGACCAAACCAGUCUUCCACAAGAAGGCAAAGACUACCAAGAAGGUCGUGUUAAGACUGGAGUGCGUGAGCUGCAAGACCAAGUCGCAGUUGUCGCUGAAGCGAUGCAAGCACUUUGAGUUGGGUGGCGACAAGAAGACUAAGGGUGCUGCGCUUGUUUUCUAG